AUGCGCUUCUUCCUUGCCAUCACGGCCCUCGUCGCCGCUGUGACCGCCGCUCCCUCGGCGGAUGUCGCCGCCGUCAACCAGAUGGCUGCCAUGACCCUGGCGGAGGCCGAUGCCUCGUGCGGCAAUGGCGCCUCGCUCUACUGCUGCGACAAGAGCAAGCAGGGGGGCGACACCGGUUCCCCGGGCCAGGCCGGCGGCGUCGGCCUGCUCGGUGCCAUUGUCGGCGUUAACGGUCUCCUCCAGGGCCUGCUCGGCCAGUGCUCCAAGAUCAACAUCAAUGCCAUUGGCGCCGCCGGCGUUCUCAACCAAGAGUGCACGGCUCGCGCUGCCUGCUGCCAGAACACCCCCUCGGUCGCUCAUCAUGGUCUCGUCAACAUCGCAUUGCCUUGCAUCCCUAUCAACAGCCUCGUUGGUUAA